CAUCACGUGAUGGACCCCUGCGCUUUGAAUGCCGAAAUGAUGCUCGAGCGACGCUAUUCCUUCUAGCGUUGCACCGUCAGGAUGGUUGGACGGGCUUCAACCUCUUCGCGAUCUGCCGUCUGCGCUUCUCCCUCGCAUCUAUUUCUGCACGCCACGCUCCUUUGUUGCCGCCGUUGGACGCCUGAGAGACUGCCGUCCCGAUAGCCGAUUCCGCGAGUCUUCGCCUUUGCAAGGCCCCCUCUCCCCCUUCUUGAAUCUCCAUCUUUAAUCUCCAUCUCAGCCUGACCUGACGCUGCUCGCCAUCGCGCCAACACCAAAUCCGCUUCUCCCUUCGAGCCGCACCCGCGGCAUUCCCACUCGCUCGCCCUUGAUGGCGACUACCGACUUCAUCUCAUCAGAGGCUCACGAUCGCCAAGCACAGCAAAGGAGAAGGCCGUUUUCAACAUGGGUCAAGAAGCUUACCAACUUCAAGUCGUCAUCCGAUGGCGAGCGACAGAAGCGACACAUUAGGAUAAAGCGUGGUCCCAAGCUCAACAACCCGUAUCCUCAGUCCGGCCACGUUAGUAGCAAUCAUCCCAAUGGACAAAGCUCGUACUCGUUUGCUACUGGCCGCACCGACUGCAGCCUGUCGACAAUCGAUCAGCCCACUCGCUUCUCGGCAGAUGGAUAUGCACCACCGACUUCAGGAGGGAGGAGCCUGACAAUGACCAUAUCAACCGAGACCGAAGCUGACCCGCCUCGAUCCAUCAUCGCGCCGAGCUCUGUGACGGGAACAAGCAGGACAGUCAACGGGGGCCACGAAUCCAGAAGAGGUGGCGAUAGCACAUUUUCGAGCCCGUCUCCAUCAGUCAGAUCACUCGCUACAACAUUGACCACUAUUCAGUCAUUUGCUCCCCAUGGGCAAGCCCCGGUAGCACCGACUCACAGCAUCACCCAGUCGAUUCAGUUCAGCCAACCGUUCCCUACGACUUCGCCGGCAUCGGCUAUACCAUCACAUCUCAUCCCGCCAAACCAUCUGACGACAUACACCACAGCUACGGCCAAUAACCUCCUUACAGACAAUGCAUCCAUCUUGACUCUAGCCUCGUCGAGCAAGCGAGGCCGUCGUCGGUCGAUGGAUACCGAUGCGUCUGUGCGAGCCCUCGCGCCCUCGUCACUUUGGGGUGGCAGCCGUGAGAGUCUACCACUGAGUGUUCUCAGUGCCAACAUCGACGCAUCUGGCAUCCACAACGCCUCCAGGCUGGGAGCAGAGCGAAACAGCAUCUACUCUGCAACGGGCGUGGCGCCAGCCAUUCCGAGCGAACGCAACAGUAUUUAUACCAAGCAGGGCGACGGUGCAAGCGUUAGAAGUGGCCGCCUGGGACACAAUCGACCCGACAGCGUGAGCGGCAGCGUUGCACUCGCCAGCCCCCGAGAGGAGGGACUAAACUUGCCAUUUCAACUAUUACAACUACCAAUUUUAUCAGUUUGCUUUUUACCGGGCGUUUCGGAGGAAGUUCUGUCCGUAUUCGAUAGACAGGCUUAUAUGCGUGGCUGGGUUAAGGAUUGUUUUUCUUUUCUUUUUCUUUUUCUUUUUCUUUUUCUUUUUCUUUUUCUUUUUUUUCCUCUUCUUCUCUCUCUGUCUUUCUCCAUUUCUUUUCGUCCAAUUUUUUUUUUUUUUCCCUCUCUUCCUUUACACUUUUUCCCUCUCUUCCUUUACACUUUUUCCCUUUUCUCUUUCAGCCGGUGGGGUAGAGACUUCAAAGAUGUGACAACGUGAUACCCUUUAGCCUACGGGAAGAUGCGAGCAGUAUUGAAUUUGUUUUGUUUUUCGUGCUGUGCAAAGAAAAGAAGAAGAGACUAGCUCUUUGAAAGCACAACCAGCGGGAUCCUAUUAGUUGACGAGUAUAGCGAUGGAAGACAUGUAUCUGGGAGCGGUCUUACCAUCUUAUUAUCGGCUUUGUAGAGGUCACUGGCAACAAGAUUUGACACAGGCGUAUAAUCUGAGAUUAAUUUCCUGCUCAAGAAUGAAAUUAUAUAUUACAGUG